GCCAUGCAUGAGGCAUGAACAGUGGGCUUACAUUAUACUGGCCUCACGGUUGGGCCCAUCCACCCGUUCAUUGCUGUAUUAAACCGACAUCGGCAGGACGACUGACACGACAGAAUGGCAACCGCCCACGAACUUCACACACAUGAGAAUGACGCAGUUUCCAAGGGCAGCAGGAUAGUUGCCGUCGCUAUAGAUGGAAGCACACACUCUGCGUACGCCCUUGAUUUCUUUAUUGACAACAUAUGGACACCCCGGGACUACGUCAUCAUGGUGACUGUUCCCGAGUUGGAUUCCUCCAUAAAACACACGUGGAGUGAAGCUUUGUUCAAGUUCAACAAGCAGAAUCUGGCCACUCUGAUGGAUGAGCAGGUGGAGAAGGUGAACAAAGACCUACACGCAGCCCGAGAGAAAAUGCGCAAUAGGAACGUGAAGGGGAAGGUCCGUGCCAUGUUCUCCAGCAACGUAGGUCACGCCAUCUGCCACGCUGCAGAGGAGGAGAAGGCAGUCUUCAUCAUCAUGGGAAACCGCGGGCACAGCAUGUUGCGCAGGACGGUGACCGGAAGUAUCAGCAACUACGUCAUCAACCAUUCCAAGAUCCCGGUGAUGGUCUGCAGACAGAAUCAUUGAGGGACUGCGGCCUACGUCACUACCAGGACCCCAUCGCCACUUUAUACUUUUUACUAUGCUGACACACAUAAGUAGCGAACUUUCUUCUGUUCGAUAAUAAUUCUGUACGUCACACGCAUGUCGUGUAAGAGUGACCUCGUUUUGAUAAUUUUGAUUGGAUAACCGAGAUCUUGCUAAUGUCACACAUGAACUAUGAAACGCCAAAGCCAGAAAAUAUUAAACCGUCUCGAUUAUCCACCGAAACAGAUUCCAUACGGCGUAAAAAGGCUCCAUUUACACAAUUUUCAUAAAAAAAGACGAUAUUAUUUGUUCGCUGCCCAACGUGACACGCAGAAAUACUAUGGCCAUGUGAUGAUGGCUUGUUAUCAAUCGAGUCCAUUGGUACCAUUUUUACGAAACAUAUUCCCAAAGUAUUCCCAUAAGGACAAGGGGUAUUUCUUAUCAGCCACAAAAUUCAUCACAAGUAAAAACUGUACCGGCGCAGUUUUGAAUAUUUUGAAUUAUAUUAAACUAUUUCUUCAUAAAAAUGGUACACGUAGAUGCCAACUGGCAUGUUAGGCUUGCUCUUACAUAACGCUGACAUGAUGCUCAGUGCGGCGUGCCCGUGGGUUUCAUCAAAGUGGUAAACGUCUAAGACGUCUAUCACUGUGUGAGGGGCGGUCGGGUAGCCUAGUGGUUAAAGCGUUCGUUCGAAGACCCGGGUUCGAUUCCCGACAUGGGUACAAUGUGUGAAGCCCAUUUCUGGUGUCCCCCGCCGUGAUAUUGCUGGAAUAUUGCUAAAACGUAAAACCAUACUCACUCACUCACUCACUCUCACUUCGUGCUUUCCUCCCACAUCUAGCUACAUUGAGUGAUUUCAGAACCAUUUAGUAAUUUCCUAAAUUAUGUAGUUUUGUGGGCCAAAAUCAUCCUUAGCAACCCUUCCUCAGUGAAGGAAGAAACGUGCUUGAUGACGUAAGAAAACCUUUUUCUCACGCACGGUAUUGAAACCAUACUCACUCACUCACUCACUCACUAUCAUUUCGUGCUUUCCUCCGACAUCAAGCUGCCACACCUUGAUAUAACGAAAAUACGGUUAAAAGCUGCGUUACUUAAACUCACCCGCUCACUCACAACUUGCGUCGGGUAAUGAAAGCGUGAAUAGGGGUUUCCCCUUUCAACAAAAAACGCAUAAAACUGUUUCAAACGCCCAAUAACGUAGUGUAGAGGAUUAAGGAAUUAUUAAAUCAUAUCGUCCUUAUCAUCCGAAUUAUGAUAAUUUUCAGUUACUUCGACAUAGGUCAUAACUCAGGUGUCAUAUUUGUACUAAUACAAUAAUCCUUGUAGUUUUGUAUCUUCUAGACGCAAUAAAUGAUACCAUUAGUUA